AGCAUUCUAUGGAUUUUGGAUGACAUCAGAGGCGCAGCCCGCAGUGCGACGUUUAUGUCAAAACCUCAGAUAAACGUUUAUUAAUUCUUUGAAUACUACAAAAAUGGCAGCCUUAAACCUGCCGGAUUGUCCGGCGCCUUUAAAAAGCAUUCAACAUUUUUUAAAAGCUGCUGUAGAACAUGAGCAACGUGAUCCCGUUGUCAGCUAUUGGUGUCGCCUUCACGCCUUACAAACGGGCUUAAAGUUAUCCACUAAAACUUCGGAAGAGACAGGAUUUCUAUUGAAGCUCAUGGACUGGCUCGAAGUUACAAAGAAAGCACAGCAUGAUAAUGAGGCGAUAACAAAUGAAGUGGCAGCUCAAGCUCACCUAGAAAAUUAUGCCCUAAAAUUGUUCAUGUACGCCGAUCACAAUGACAGAGCUUCUAAUUUUGGAAAAAACAUAAUCAAAGCAUUUUAUACCGCUGGAGUAAUUUAUGAUGUGUUGUCAACGUUUGGUGAGCUCAGUGAAGAAGCAGCUCAGAAUAGAAAGUAUGCUAAGUGGAAGGCUGCCUACAUACAUAAUUGUUUGAAGAAUGGUGAGACUCCAAUUCCUGGUCCAAUGAAAGGUGAAGGAGAUGAGGAUGAGGACAUUAACAACGAUGCUGAUGCUGCAUCUGGUUCACAGCCAACGCCUCCACCUGGAGCAGAUGCUUUUGGUUUUCCUUCGGUUCCUACAAAUUCCGCGACAAAUUUCCCUACACCACCUGAUAAUCAAAAUCCUGGUAAUUUACCAUAUCCGAAUUUGCCCAGCUUUAAUAACACCCCGGCUAAUCCAGCUCCUGACAAACCCAUGCUCAUUCCAAGUACAGUGCUACCUAGUCAACCUUCAGCUGCAGACUAUAACACUACGCCUGUUUCAGAGGGUGGAGUUGCUUUGGAUAUUGAGCAGAUGAAUAAAGCACAAAAAUAUGUUAAGUGGGCUGGAAGUGCUCUAAAUUAUGAUGAUGUGUCGACUGCAGUUAUGAAUCUACAAAAGGCUUUGCACCUUUUAACGACUGGUCAAGAUCCUGCCUAAUCAACAAACGACUCAUACGCUGGUUGUAUACUAGUAAUUUACAGUCACAGUAAUGCCUAUGCUGAAGUCUCAAGCUUAAUAUUUGAGCUUUUAAUUAUUACGAUUUAAUAUAACAUCUAACAGAUGAUUAUAAUGAUGUUUAAAGCGCUAAUAUCUCUGUAAAUAAUAACGUGUUUUCGUAAAAUAUCUGCUUAAGUUUCAUAUAAAUAACUGUAAAUGUUAAUAAAAUACAUCUUACUCGA